UAAAAAUGAAAGUGAAAUUCUGAAACUUUACAACCUUUUAAAAGUGCAUCACACUCAACAUCAAGAAAUAGCAAGGACUGUUGAGUAAAGAACGAGUGCCAUGGAUCCUCCUCUUACACUAACAGAGGGAGACACUUUAUCUGGACACAAUGUAACCCAGGUAAGGAGACCAGACUCACCACUACCCAGCUGUGUCUCCAUGAAGAGUGAUAUGUCUAUGGAUCUUCCUCUUGUAUUUAAAGAUGAUACGCAUUCACCUGGUAACAGUGUAACCCAGGUAAGGAGACCAGACUCACCAUUACCCAGCUGUGUCUCCAUGAAGAGUGAUAUGUCUAUGGAUCAUCCUCUUGUAUUUAAAGAUGAUAAGCAUUCACCUGGUAACAGUGUAACCCAGGUAAAGGGACCAGACACACCGUUACCCAGCUGUGUGUCCAUGAAAACUGAUAUGUCUAUGGAUCUUCCUCUUGUAUUCAAAGAUGGAGAGUUCUCAUCUGGACACAGUGUCCUGCAGAGUAAUGGAAGCAGAAAGGAUGGGAAGAUCAAAGAUCCAGGAUGUAAGGAUGUAACUACUGAAUCUCAGCUUCAAAAGAGAUGCAGGUCAAAUCUGCUAAAGAGAUUUCAGCACGUGUAUGAGGUGAUAACAAACCAGGGAAACCCAACACUUCUCAAUGAGAUCUACACAGAGCUCUACAUCACAGAAGGAGACAGAGGAAAAGUCAAUAAUGAACAUGAGUUGAAACAGAUUGAGGCAGCAUCCAGGAGAGCAGCAACAGAGGAAACACCGAUCAAAUGCAGUGACAUCUUUAAGCCCUUAUCCGAAGAAGACAAACCCAUCAGGAGCGUUCUGACAAAGGGAGUCGCCGGCAUUGGAAAAACAGUCUCUGUGCAGAAAUUUAUUCUAGACUGGGCUGAAGGGAAAACAAAUCAGGAUGUUCAUCUCAUAUUUCCGCUUCCUUUCAGAGAGCUCAACCUAAUGAAGGAUCAAACAAUGAGUCUGAUGGAGCUUCUUCAUUUCUAUUUUAAGGAGAUAAAAGAAACAAACAUUUCCAGCCCGCACAAAGUUCUGUUUAUUUUUGAUGGUUUGGAUGAGUGUCGUUUCCCUCUGGACUUCCAGAACACUGUGAGAUUGUGUGAUGUAUCUGAAUCAGCAUCAGUGAGCGUGCUGCUGAUAAACCUGAUCAAAGGGAAUCUGCUUCCUUCUGCUCUCAUCUGGAUCACCUCCAGACCUGCAGCAGCUGAUCAAAUCCCCUCUGAGUGGUUAAAUCGAGUCACAGAGGUACAAGGGUUCAAUGACCCACAGAAGGAGGAAUAUUUCAGGAAGAGGAUUAGCGAUCAGAGCCUGAGCAACAGAAUCAUCACACACCUGAAGUCAUUAAGAAGCCUCUACAUCAUGUGCCACAUCCCAGUCUUCUGUUGGAUUUCAGCCACUGUUCUAGAGAGACUGUUUUGUGAAGCAGAGAGUGGAGAGAUCCCCAAGACUCUGACUCAAAUGUACACACACUUCCUCAUCAUUCAGACAAACAUCAUCAAGAAAAAGUACACAGAGAGCAGAGAGACAGAUAAAAUAAUGGUUCUGAAACUGGGUAACCUGGCUUUUAAGCAGCUAAUGAAAGGCAACCUGAUCUUCUAUGAGGAAGACCUGAUGGAGUGUGGCAUCGAUGUGACAGAAGCAUCAGUGUAUUCAGGUGUGUGUACACAGAUCUUCAGAGAGGAGUUUGGGCUUCACCAGAGUCAAGUGUACUGCUUUGUUCAUCUGAGCAUUCAGGAGCACCUCGCAGCUCUGUAUGUGCACCUGACAUUCAUGAAUGAAAAGAGAAAUGUCUUUAAAAAGACAACAAACAUAUUGAGGCUGAAGUGUACAAUCUCAGAUGUACACAAGAGUGCUGUAGAUCAGGUUUUACAGAAUGAAAAUGGACAUCUGGAUCUGUUCCUUCGCUUUCUUCUGGGUCUUUCACUGAAGUCCAAUCAGAUUCUCUUACAAACCAUAGUGAGUCACAGAACACGUAUUUCCCAAAGUAACCAGAAAACAGUUAAUUACAUCAAGGAGAAGAUCAGAGAGAAUCCCUCAACAGAGAAAUCCAUCAAUCUGUUCCACUGUCUGAAUGAACUGGAAGAUCAUUCUCUAGUUGAGGAAAUCCAACGCUACCUGCAGUCUGAAGAUUUUCAGCAAACUGAACUUUCUCCUUCUCAGUGGUCAGCUGUGGUGUUUGUGUUGCUGACAUCAGUGCAGGAACAGGACGUGUUUGUUCUGAAAAAAUACAUUAACAAACACCAUAAAUCAGACAAGAUUCUUUUGAAGCUCCUGCCUGUGGUUGCAGCUUCCAGAAAAGCUGACUUUAAAAAUUGUGGUCUAAAUGAGGGCUGUUGUGCAGCUUUGGUCUCGGUGCUCAGCUCUGAAUCCUCUAAUCUAAGAGAACUGGAUCUGUCUGAGAAUAAACUCAGAGACUCGGAAGUGAAGAGUCUCUCCGCUGUACUGGAGAAUCCUCACUGUAAACUGGAGACACUGAGGUUGUGUGAUUGUUGUGUCUCAGAAGAAGGCUGUGCUGCUCUGACUUCAGCUCUGAGAUCGAACCCCUCACACCUGAGAGAACUGGAUCUGUCUGAGAAUAAACUCAGAGACUCAGGAGUGAAGAGUCUCUCUGCUGUACUAAAGAAUCCUCACUGUAAACUGGAGACACUGAGGUUGCGUAAUUGUUGUGUCUCAGAUGAAGGCUGUGCUGCUCUGACUUCAGCUCUGAGAUCCAACCCCUCACACCUGAGAGAACUGGAUCUGUCUGAGAAUAACCUUAGAGACUUUGGAAUAAAGAGUCUCUCUGCUGUACUUGAGAAUCCUCAUUGUAACAUGGAGACACUGAGGUUGUGUAAUUGUGGUGUCUCAGAUGAAGGCUGUGCUGCACUGAAUUCAGCUCUGACAUCAAACCCUUCACACCUGAGAGAACUGGAUCUGUCUGGGAACAACCUCAGAGAUUCAGGAGUGAAGAGUCUCUCUGCUGUGUUGGAGAAUCCUCAUUGUAAACUGGAGACACUAAGGUUGUGUAAUUGUCUUGUCACAGCUGAAGGCUGUGCUGCUCUGAGUUCAGUUCUGAGCUCAAACCCCUCACACAUGAGAGAAAUGGAUCUGUCAAAGAAUAAUAUUGGAGACUCAGAAGUAAAGAGUCUAUCUGCUGUACUGGAGAAUCCUCAUUGUAAACUGGAGAUACUGAGGUUGUGUAACUGUAAAAUCUCAGAUGAAGGCUGUGCUGCACUGACUUCAGCUCUGAGAUCAAACCCCUCACACCUGAGAGAACUGGAUCUGUCUAGGAAUAAACUCAGAGACUCAGGAAUGAAAAGUCUCUCUGCUGUACUGGAGAAUCCUCACUGUAAACUGGAGACACUGAGGUUGUGUAUUUGUGAAAUCUCUGAUGAAGGCUGUGCUGCACUGACUUCAGCUCUGAGAUCAAACCCCUCACACCUAAGAGAACUGGAUCUGUCUAGGAAUAAACUCAGAGACUCAGGAGUAAAGAGUCUUUCUGCUGUACUGAAGAAUCCUCACUGUAAACUGGAGACACUGAGGUUGCGUAAUUGUGAAAUCUCAGAUGAAGGCUGUGCUGCUCUGACUUCAGCUCUGAGCUCAAACCCUUCACACCUGAGAGAACUAGAUCUGGCUGUGAAUGACGUCAAAGACUCAGGAAUGAAUCAGCUCUUUAGUCUUAAACUACAGAACCUGAGGUUGUGAAGAAGUUAUGUGAACUGGCAGUUUUUCUUGGAUCUCAUCAAUAAGAAGUUUCCGCCUACAGAGCUGUGGCUCACUUGUUGUGUGUUUUGUUUUUAUCUCGUGUGUGUGUGUGUGUGUGUGUGUG